AUGGCAACAUUCAACGCACCGCUGCUGUUGGAAGCUACUACAACUCAAAUUCUGUCUUCGCGAGAAGGUAUUAUCCAAGAACUCUUUGGUCGCGUUGGGCAGGGAGUGUUCAUUGAACCUCCAUUAUUCGUGGAUUACGGCUGCAAUAUCAGCAUAGGCGAUGGGUUCUACGCAAACUUCCAAGGUACUCAAAUCCGACCAGAUAUCCUCAGUCUCACCAUUUUGGACUGUGGCUUAGUUUCCAUUGGCAAUAACGUUAUGAUUGGGCCUAAUGUCAACCUCAUCACAGGGGAACACGAAACGAGCAUCGAAGCGCGAAAGGCAAAUCAAGGACUCGAGUUUACGAGACCAAUCGUCAUUGGUGAUGAGUGUUGGAUUGGAGCAAAUGUGACCGUCUUGGCUGGAGUGACCACUGGCCAUGGAUCCUCUAUCGGUGCUGGCUCCGUGGUCAAAAGAGAUAUACCACCCCUGAGUGUUGCAGUAGGUAGUCCGGCUCGAGUGAUCAGGUCGGCGCAAUGA